AUGUCCAGCAACAAUAGCAUUAAUAAUAGCUGCGCGGACUCAGUUGACGACAGAGAAAUGUUGAUGUCGGUUGACGUGGAAGCGAAGGACGCCACGAAGUCGUGCUCCAUCGUCAUCGAUGCCUAUGAGAAGGAGUUUGUUGAUGUCGAUGGUGAAGCUGAAGCAGACGAAGGUGUUCAAAAGUUGAAAGAGGGAGCUAAAAAGAAGAGAGGAAGAGGUUUAGAGACCAAACGAUAUGUCAAUGAGUAUGAAUAUGAAUCCAUGGAUGUUGGAGUUGAAGAGAUGAACAUGGAGAAUGGUCCUCAGAGAUGUCAAUCUGUUGAAGGAUGGAUUGUGUUUGUAAAAGGCAUAAAUGAAGAGACACAAGAAGAUGACAUUCGUGAAAAGUUUGAAGAGUUUGGUGAAAUAAAGAACUUGCAUCUAAACCUCGAUCGUCGAACUGGUUUCUUGAAGGGGUAUGCACUCAUUGAGUACAGCACAUACAAGGAGGCUGAGGCUGCCAUACAGUCUUUGAAUGGCACAGAGUUAUGUGGUCAGAAGAUCAGUGUUGAUUGGACUUUUGUCAAGCAACCAAAUAAGAAAAGCAGUAAAAGUCGCAAAGAACAGAGGCAAAACCCUCCACCACAUCACAGGCAUCCAUUUUCAGGUUGUAGAUGGUCAUCCCCAAAUGGCAGACAAACAUAUCGCAAAUGA